AUGAAGGUCUCAACCGACUACGCCUUUCUCCUCUCAGGGGCGCUGUUGGCUCCCUCAGUCCAUGCAAGCACUUGCCAGGCCCCAAUCAACCAUCCUGGCAAGCCCUUCAGUCAUGUGCAGCCGCUCAACACCACCAUUCUGACACCCUACGGCUCUUCCCCGGCCGUCUAUCCUUCCCCCAACAUCACCGGCGUUGGCGGCUGGGAUCAGGCGCUAGCCAAGGCCAAACACUGGGUCUCCCACCUUACUCUGGAGGAGAAGACCUGGAUGGCCACCGGCCAACCGGGCCCUUGCGUCGGCAACGUGCUGCCCAUCCCACGCCUCAACUUCACGGGACUCUGUCUGCAGAACGGACCACAGUGCCUGCAGCAGGGCGAUUACUCGAGCGUCUUUGUCAGUGGGGUCUCCGCGGCCGCCAGCUGGGACCGCGACCUGCUGUACACGCGCGGACAGGCAAUCGCCCAGGAGCACAAAGCCAAGGGGACACACGUGGUACUGGGCCCCAUCGGCGGCCCCUUGGGGCGCAGUGCGUACAACGGACGCACCUGGGAAGGGUUCGCUGCCGACCCGUACCUGACCGGGGUGUGCAUGGAGGAGACGAUCCGGGGCAUUCAGAACGAAGGCGUGCAGGCCAAUGCCAAGCACUGGGUCGCCUACGAGCAGGAGACCCAGCGCAACCCGACCUACGCCCCCGACGCCAACGCGACGACCUACAUCCAGGACUCGGUCUCCUCCAACCUGGAUGACCGCACGAUGCACGAGAUCUACUUGUGGCCGUUCGCCAACGCCCUGCGCGCCCGCGUCGCCAGCGUCAUGUGCUCCUACAACCGCAUCAAUGGGUCGCACGCCUGCCAGAACUCAUACGCCCUGAACCACCUGCUCAAGACCGAGCUGGGCUUCCAGGGCUACGUCAUGUCCGACUGGGGCGCCACCCACAGUGGUGUCGCCUCCAUCGAGAGCGGCAUGGACAUGACCAUGCCCGGCGGGUUCACCGUCUACGGCGAGCUGUGGACUGAGGGCUCCUACUUCGGCCAGAACCUGACCGCGGCGGUACGCAAUGGCUCCGUCGCCACCACUCGCCUGGACGACAUGAUCGUGCGCAUCAUGACUCCGUACUUCUGGCUGGGCCAGGACGAUCCCGCCUACCCCAGCGUCGAUGCCUCCGUCGGCCCGCUGAACAUCGACUCGCCCCCGGACACCUGGUUGUACGACUGGCAGUUCACAGGCGAGCAGAACCGCGACGUGCGCGGCAACCACAGCCAACUCAUCCGUGCACAUGGCGCGGCCUCGACCGUGCUGUUGAAGAACGAGCGUAACGCCCUGCCGCUGCGCAAGCCGCGGAACAUCGUGAUUGUCGGCAACGACGCCGGGCCCAUGACGCAGGGAGCCUCGAACCAGAACGACUUUGAGUACGGAACGCUGGCCAACGCCGGCGGGUCGGGCACCUGUCGGUUUAGCUUCCUGUCGACGCCGCUGGAGGCGAUCACGGCGCGGGCUCGGCAGGACGGGGCGCUGGUGCAGUCGUGGCUGAACAACACCCUGAUCACCACCUCGGGGCUAGCCUCGCUGUGGAACCCGCAGCAGCCGGACGUGUGUCUGGUGUUCCUGAAGAGCUGGUCGGAGGAGAACGAGGACCGGAGCUCGCUGGAGCUGGACUGGGAUGGGCCCGCGGUGGUGGAGGCCGUGGCGCGCGACUGCAACAACACGGUGGUGGUCACCCACUCGGCGGGCAUCAACCUGCUGCCCUUUGCCGAUCACCCCAACGUGACGGCCAUCCUGGCGGCGCACUAUCCCGGCGAAGAGUCAGGCAAUUCCCUCGUCGACCUCCUGUACGGCGAGGUGAACCCUUCGGCCAAGUUGCCCUACGUGAUCGCCUACAACGCCUCGGACUACAACGCCCCCGUCACCACCGCGGUGCAGACCAACGGAACCUAUGACUGGCAGAGCUGGUUCGAUGAAGGGCUGGAGGUCGGAUACCGCUACUUCGACGCCCACGGCCUCCCCGUGCGCUACGAGUUCGGCUUUGGUCUCAGCUACACCACCUUCACCCUGAGCGCGUUGCACACCACGACGCCCAGAACCAACCUCACAGCCCUGCCCGCAGCCCUACCCGUUCAGCCGGGUGGAAACCCCGCCCUUUGGGAGACGGUGUACACCCUGAGCGCCCAAGUGAGCAACACCGGCGGCGUGGAUGGCUAUGCCAUCCCGCAGCUGUACGUGGGGUUCCCCGACUCAGCGCCCGCGGGGACUCCCCCGAGCCAGCUGCGUGGAUUCGACAAGAUCUGGGUGCCCGCGGGACAGACCAAGACGGUCACGUUCGAUCUCGCGCGGCGUGAUGUCAGCUACUGGGACGUGGUGGCGCAAGACUGGCGCAUUCCCUCGGGACGGUUUACCUUCCACGCGGGAUUCAGUAGUCGGGAUUUCCACGCCAACGUAACGGCUACACUGAUCAAUUGA